AUGUCCAUGUCAAAUGAAGCACUGCAGAAGGUCCUGCAAGAGAUCAGUCAGAAGAAGCAGUUUGCAGAGCAACAACUAGCCAUUGUCAAACAACAAAAGGCGGCGCGAGCAAGGGAAAGCCGAAUGCUGCAACUUACAUCAUCGGAAGUGAGCUCGUUACCUGUUGAGACAAAGGUGUACGAAGGUGUGGGGAAAAUGUUUGUGUGCACGCCUAUUCCAGAUGUACAGAAGAGGUUGAAGGAUGAGAGCGAGGCUCUGGUCAAGGAGAUGGCUAAUCUCGACAAGAAGGAGGACUACCUUGAGAAGACCUACACGAACAGCAAGAACAGCCUGGAGCAAGUAUUGAAGGGUGCAAACUGA